CUCCGCCAGGGGGACUGGAGGGAGGCCGGAGUAGGGUUAAUGUCCCGCAGGCUUGUUAACCAUUUCCCUCCAGCAGAGCCAGCCACACUGCUCUGUCCCAGCCCGCCUGGCGUGUUCACCCUCCUCUGUGUCCCCUGGCCCAGAAGGGAGGGGGUCCAUGCUGCACCAUGUGGGGUACGCACUGCCAGGCAGUGAGGGGCGGGGGCUGUGCCACACCCCCCCAGCCCCCGGGCCUGAGACGCUCUGGUUGUUAAAUGAAAGCGGAGAUUGCGGGCGAUGUUCCCGUGCCCCUUGGGCCACAUGGGUGAUGCCCAUGGGGAGGAGGGGCUGGAGCUGGCUGUGGGGCAGCAGGAGACCCGAAUGGGGCUGGAUCCGGAGGGACGCUGGUACGGGGAGGGGGUGGCUAGGCCCAGCCCUGAGGGGCGGAGCGUGGCUGGGGCUAUGUUGCUGUGGCUGUCGCCCAGGUCCCUGAGCCCCGGCGUGGAGGUGAUGGGCCUGCAGGUCGACUACUGGACAAGCCAGGGGCCGGAGAAGAAGAAGGAGGGAGAGAAGCGGGAGAUGGGCUUGAAGAACACACUGAAGAGCAACUUCCGGUCGCUGCAGGUCAGCCGCGUGCCCGGCGCCGGGGAGCUGGUCCCCCCCAGCACCAUGGCCAUGACCGUGGUCACCAAGGAGAAGAACAAGAAAGUGAUGUUCCUGAGUAAGAAACCCAAGGAGAAGGACCUGGAGCCCAAAAGCCAAGUCAUCGAAGGGAUUACGCGCCUGAUCUGUACGGCUAAGCACCAGAACACCAUGCUCCGAGUGUCCAUCGACGGCGUGGAGUGGAACGACGUGAAGUUUUUCCAGCUAGCAGCACAGUGGCCAACACACGUCAAGCAUCUCCCCGUGGGCAUCUUUGGCUACUCGAAGAGCGUGUGAGCCAGCCGGGCGGCCCGGGAGCCGGGACUCUGCUGAGUGUGGCAGGAGGCGGCC